CUUUUCCCCACUUCCCCACGUGUAUCCCACAUAUUCUACGUCAUCGGCUCGGUACGUCAAAGCAAUUGACAAUACUCUCCUGACAAGAACCAACACCCAUUGAAGACUGGCUGCUGAAUUCUGAUGGAAAACUUUACUCAAAACAACGCCAGGAAGCCUUUCCGUGCGCGCAAUGCAAUGCUUGCUGGUGUGUUGGCUACAUUGGCCAUUGGUACCUUUGUGUACACCGUUGCACGCGUGAAACAGGACCCGUUUACAGACGUGAAGAUGACUCCGGAGCUUCGUAAGAAGCUACUUAAGGAAAGAGAACAGAAUCAAGCAAAAACCGGACAGUCUUAAACGAAACAGCUUUUUUGAACGCGUUUUUGGGCGAUUUUCGUCAUAAACGCGUCUAUUUUCCCCAAUGCAUCUCCUGUAUUUUUGUUACCGAUUUAAGUUGCACAAUUUAUAUGGUUCACUUGGUCUUGAUGCGACGCGUCACUGUUCAUUUCACUACUCUAAUUUACACGAACCCCAUUUUGAACCAACUACAAAGUUUUGCCUGCCGUUGUUCCAAUUAUCUACGAUUCACCAAGUAGGACGGCUCGUUUCGUAUUGGGAAAAAACGCGUCUUCUGCCAAGACUUUCGCUGCUUGUUGUUGUCAGCGUUCAUGAACGGUG